AUGGACCAAAACGUGCAAUUUCAACCACUUAUAAGCUCGAUUCAGAAGGUGGCACUGUUCGAAACCAAAGCGAAACUGUACCUCAUCGGAAGCAAUAGCAAAGAAACGCGGUUUCGUGUAUUGGAAAUAGAUAGGCGUACACCAGAGUUAUCAAUUUAUGAGAACCCAAAUGAGCUCGAGAAAGGGGACAUACGAAAAUUUGUACAAUCACGAUCUUUCAUUCGCUCGAUCAGUGCUUAUGGCGUAUUAGGGUUUGUAAAAUUCCUCGAAGGAUAUUAUCUGAUACUGGUGACAAAGCGAACGCCAUCAGCUUUCAUCGGAAAACACAUCAUCUAUACCAUCAAAGACACGGCAAUGAUUCGUGUGAAUGAGACAUCUAGCAAACAAAUGCAUCCGUUGGAGCAACGUUACGUUAAAAUGUUCAACAAUGUUGAUUUGAACAGCAACUUUUACUUCAGCUACAGCUAUGAUCUAACGCACAGUUUGCAGUACAAUCUGUCGGCACCUAAGUUUGUUGGUACACGCUGCGACAUUGUACAAGAUGAGCCACUGGUGUGGAAUAACCGCACCGGUGAGAAAAUAACAUACGCUUUCCGAGGGGUUUCUCGGGAACGCUUCGUAUGGAAUUCGUUUCAUCUGAAACCAAUGCGGGAUGUCGUACACAAAGAUUGGAUGCUUGAAAUUAUUCACGGGUUUAUAAGCCAAUCGAGCAUUAGUAUAUUUGGUCGUCAGGUGUACGUGUGUUUGAUUGCGAGAAGAAGUACACGUUACGCUGGCACGCGGUUUCUUAAACGUGGCGCUAAUUUCCAAGGGGACGUAGCAAACGAGGUAGAAACGGAGCAGAUAGUAUUGGACGGCAAUAGAAUGUGCAGUUUUACGCAGCUGCGAGGGUCUGUUCCCUCGCAUUGGUCGCAAGAUGUAAGCAAAAUGGUCCCAAAACCGCAAAUUGCCAUCGACCUGUCCGAUCCGUACGGCGAAACGGCAGGCAAGCACUAUCAACGACUGAUGUUUCAUCAAGGAGCUCCAGUUAUCAUCUUAAAUUUAGUCAAAACAAGAGAAAAACGACGCCACGAAAGUCUACUCAGCGAAGAAAUGCAAUCGACGGUAAGCUAUUUGAACCAAUUCCUGCCACCGCAGCUCCGUAUUAGAUACAUUGACUUUGACAUGGCACGUAAAAGCAGAGGCAAGGGUAAUGUUAUGGAAAAACUGGCAAAGAUCGCUGAAACGGUUAUCCAGCAAACCGGAAUGUUUUAUCGGGACGAUGAGCGAAACCAAAAACAGACGGGCAUAGUGCGAGUGAACUGUGUCGAUUGUCUGGAUCGUACCAAUACGGCCCAGUUUGCCAUCGGCAAGUGUGUACUUGCCCAUCAAUUGUACGAUCUGGGGUUCCUAAAAGAGCGCAAGCUCGAAUUUGAGUCGGAUUGUAUUACCAUGCUCGAGAACCUGUAUGAAGAUCAUGGCGAUACAUUGGCUUUGCAAUACGGUGGCUCGCAAUUAGUACAUCGCAUUAAAACGUACCGUAAAACGGCUGUGUGGGCCUCGCAAGGCAACGACAUUAUGCAGACGCUUAGCCGAUACUAUAGCAAUACUUUCAGCGAUACAGAAAAGCAGCAUAGCAUCAAUCUGUUUCUAGGUUACUACAUUCCUUCGAAAGCUGAAAUUAACAAAACGCUGCACAUUUGGGAUUUAGAAACCGAUUUUUACAUACACAACUCUCGUUUCGAUGAAAUUAGGCAAAUUUCAUCAGUUCCGUUAACGCAAUGGGUUAGUACGUUCGUCAUGCAGUGGUUGCCUGCAGCAGUGAGUGACGAAAACCGGGUAGUGAAGGAAUUGAUCAAGAUUCAUUCGACUGACGCCGAGAUAAUAGAUUACUAUUCCAACUUUCACUACGAUUACAAGCUUACCUCUUUCGAAGAGCAUAUAGACUAUCAACUUAGCCAUUUGUCUCGUAACCUAGCGCCAGCAUUUCGAUCCCACUUUAGCCCUUUUGAACCGAUUCGCAGACAAGAAAGCACGGCUUUGAAAAAUCCAUCCCUAACCGGCCAGUCGUCCACUAGCUCGGCAAACAGCUCCUCGUCCGACAGGUCAGAGGAUGAGUCAGAAUCGGACGAGGACGACAAAAGCAAUCGCAACACUGCACCUAACAGUAGCAAUAACAGCAGCCGUGCAGAGGAUCCUGUGACACUCAGUUCGAUGUUUCCGAUGACUAAUGAUAUCUACGGGUUCGAAAUACGGAUGCCAAAAAAAUCAGACAUGAUGAAGUAUGAAAAAUAUGCAGAAAUCAACCGAAUUUGUUGUAACCCAUCAGGAGAGCCGGGAAGAUCAGCAUCGCCGUACCAGUAUAAUCGAUUCGCAAAAAUUAACGACAAUGGAGGGUUGGUAAUACACAACAAUGAAAUAAUCAUCGGUACGAGUUCCAUCGAGAAAGACAUGCAUAAUGACAUUGAGAUUCCGACCGUGAGCGAAGAGAGCAUAGCGAUCUAUGAAAAGUACUGUAGGCUGAAAGAUACUAUAAUGCACGACUUUCAUUGUGAUCCAAAAAUUACUGAAUAUGUGCACAUGUUUGCAUAA